ACGGUAAGUGAGGUGCAAAAACAAAAACCCUCGUGUAGUUUGCUCUUCGCUCACACCACUCUGUGUUCUUCGUCUUCGUGCAUCACUUUAUAGUUAGAGUCGGUUAACAAUUUUGCCACAGCUGCAUAAUCAUCAAGUUUAGCUAUUAUUUCUGAUAGGUACUGACUCAUCAGCGAGGUUUAGCAUUGUGUGCAGAGUGCUACAACAGACCCAUCAUGGUUGUGGGUCUCAAACACGAUCAGUUCAGUGGGGGCAACAAGGUACAGAGUGACCCUUUGGAUGACUCUGGCUUUGACCAAAGGAUCCUAACUGCUCCUAUAAAAUCUGCUGUUGACAAGUUCCAGCUUCUUCCCGAGUUCCUCAAGGUUAGGGGAUUGGUGAAGCAACAUUUGGAUUCCUUUAACUAUUUUGUUAGGACUGGGAUAAGGAAAAUUGUUCGGGCUAACAAUCUUAUGGUGGCAAGUAGGUACCAGCAUAUAUAUGUAAGGUUUUCAAAUGUCAGAAUUGGUAAACCAUCAAGAACAGUUGAGGGUAUUACUGAGGAACUUACUCCACAAAUGUGCCGCUUAAGUGACCAAACGUAUGCGGCUCCAAUAUAUGUUGAUGUUGAGUACACACAAGGAAGUCACGAUAACCCAACAAAAGAAAGAAGGCCUGGUGUUGUUAUUGGAAGUAUGCCUAUUAUGCUGCGGAGUUGUUGUUGUGUCUUGUAUGGGAGAGAUGAAGCUGAACUUGCUAAACUCGGUGAGUGCCCCCUUGAUCCUGGAGGAUAUUUUGUAAUCAAAGGGACUGAGAAGGUGAUUUUGAUACAAGAGCAACUGUCAAAGAAUAGAAUAAUUAUAGACACUGACAAGAAAAAAAACAUUACUGCAUCUGUUACAUGCAGCACGGAGAAAAUAAAAACAAAAACUGUUAUUGUGAUGGAAAAUGAGAAGCUGUGGUUACAAUUGAAUCAAUUUCCUAAGAAGGUUCCUCUUAUGGUAGUUAUGAAAGCUAUGGGGAUGGAGAGUGAUCAAGAAGUUAUACAGAUGGUUGGAAGAGAUCCUCGUUACAGUUUGCUACUGUUGCCCUCUAUUGAGGAAUGUACAAAAUGUAAGGUAUAUACGCAAGAGCAAGCAUUAGAAUACCUUGAUUCAAAGGUAAAACGUCCCAUGUAUUCAAACAAUUCAGCUGAAAAGGAAGGAAGAGCUUUUUCUGUCCUAAGAGAUGUAUUUCUUGCAAAUGUGCCUGUGGAUCAAGAUAAUUUUCGGCAGAAAUGUAUAUAUGUUGCUGUUAUGAUGAGACGCAUACUGGAUGCAAUUUUAAAUCAAGAUGCUAUGGAUGACAAGGAUUAUGUGGGAAACAAGCGGUUGGAGUUAUCUGGCCAGUUAAUAUCUCUGCUUUUUGAGGAUCUCUUUAAGUCAAUGACAACCGAGCUUAAGAAUUUGACUGACAAAUUGUUAGAUAAACCAGACAAGGCUAAGAACAUCGACAUAAGUAAGAAUCUUGUUCGUUUGGGGGAUACCAUCAGUCUUGGUCUGGAGAGGACUCUGUCCACUGGAAAUUUUGAAAUUAAGAGGUUUAGAAUGGAAAGGAAAGGAAUGACACAGGUGUUGCAAAGGUUAUCGUUUAUUGGUGCUUUGGGCCACAUGACAAGAGUCUCACCACAGUUUGAGAAGUCAAGGAAAGUAAGUGGACCUAGAGCUUUGCAGCCUAGUCAGUGGGGCAUGCUUUGUCCUUGUGAUACCCCUGAAGGUGAGUCUUGUGGACUAGUGAAGAACUUGGCUUUGAUGACUCAUGUUACUACCGAUGAAGAGGAAGCCCCCUUGAUUUCUCUGUGCUAUUAUUUGGGUGUUGAAGACACGGGACGUCUCUCUGCCGAGGAGCUUCAUACACCAGAUUCCUUUCUUGUCAUUUUUAAUGGUUUGAUUCUUGGCAAACAUAGGAGGCCACAGCGUUUUGCUGCUGCAAUUAGAAAGUUACGUAGAGCUGGUAAAAUUGGCGAGUUUGUGAGCGUCUAUGUCAACGAUAAGCAGCAAUGUGUCUACUUAGCUUCUGAUGGUGGCAGAGUUUGCCGUCCCCUUGUCAUUGCAGACAAGGGAAUAUCAAGAAUCAAACAGCAUCAUAUGAAAGAGUUAAUGGAUGGAGUUCGCACAUUUGAUGAUUUUUUACGAGAUGGGUUGCUUGAGUAUCUUGAUGUUAAUGAAGAAAACAAUGCUUUGAUUGCUUUAUAUGAAGGAGAUGCCACGCCAGAAACUACUCACAUUGAGAUUGAGCCUUUUACUAUAUUGGGAGUUAUUGCGGGGUUAAUUCCAUAUCCUCAUCAUAAUCAGUCACCUAGAAACACAUAUCAGUGUGCAAUGGGGAAGCAAGCUAUGGGAAAUAUAGCAUUUAAUCAGCUACGCCGGAUGGAUAGCUUGCUUUACCUACUGGUUUAUCCUCAACGACCUUUGCUUACAACAAAGACAAUUGAGCUGGUUGGAUAUGAUAAGCUUGGAGCUGGUCAAAAUGCCACAGUAGCUGUAAUGAGCUAUAGUGGUUAUGAUAUAGAAGAUGCCAUUGUCAUGAACAAGGCAUCUCUUGAUCGUGGGUUUGGUCGUUGUAUUGUUAUGAAGAAGUAUAGUGCCAUCAUUCAGAAACAUUCCAAUCGCACAUCAGACCGAAUACUUCGGCCCAAUAGAGCUGCAGACACUGCAGGACGCAUGCAGAUACUUGAUAAUGAUGGUAUUGCCGCUCCAGGGGAAAUCCUUAGGCCAAAUGACAUCUAUAUCAAUAAGGAAUCACCUAUUGAUACACGUACUCCAAUUACAGGAUCUGCUGCAAAUUUGCCUGAUAGUGCAUAUCGGUCCAAUGCACAAUCAUUCAAGGGUCAUGGAGGGGAAGUAGUUGAUAGGGUGGUUCUAUGCCCUGAUAAGGAUAACAACAUGUGUAUCAAAUUUCUUAUUCGUCACACUCGUAGGCCUGAGCUUGGUGAUAAAUUUAGCAGCAGACAUGGGCAAAAAGGUGUUUGUGGAACUAUUGUCCCGCAAGAAGACUUUCCAUUUUCUGAGAAAGGCAUUUGUCCUGAUCUGAUUAUGAAUCCUCAUGGUUUCCCAAGUCGAAUGACUGUUGGAAAGAUGAUAGAGCUUCUUGGAGGGAAAGCAGGGGUUUCAUGUGGCAGGUUUCACUAUGGCAGUGCUUUUGGGGAAAGAAGUGGUCAUGCUGACAAGGUUGAAACCAUAAGUGAAACUCUUGUCAGUAAAGGAUUCAACUACAGUGGGAAAGAUUUCAUUUAUUCAGGUAUUACAGGUUGCCCAUUGCAAGCAUAUAUUUUUAUGGGUCCAAUUUACUACCAGAAAUUAAAACAUAUGGUGCUUGAUAAGAUGCAUGCUCGUGGUAGUGGUCCUCGUGUCAUGCUAACUAGACAGCCUACAGAAGGGAGAGCUAGAAAUGGAGGUCUUCGUGUUGGAGAAAUGGAACGGGAUUGCUUGAUUGCGUAUGGUGCUAGUAUGUUAAUUUAUGAGCGACUCAUGUUGUCUAGUGAUCCUUUUGAAGUCCAGGUGUGUACAGCGUGUGGAUUGUUAGGGUAUUAUAACCACAAGCUGAAAACUGGUAUUUGUUCAUCUUGUAAGAAUGGAGACAAGAUUUCUACCAUGAAGCUGCCAUAUGCAUGUAAACUCAUGAUUCAGGAACUCCAAUCAAUGAAUAUUGUUCCUCGCUUAAAGCUGGCAGAUGCGUGAGUUUGCGGAACCCAAAUGCUUCUGUUUAGAUGAAUACUAGGCAGAAAAACUGUGAUUGCCACUAUUUGUAAAUUUCUAUUGAUCCUUUGUAUAUAUUAGCCUUUGCUCACUCCUCCCUCACCCCUCCUUUUUGACUCUUAAAAAAGUUGCAAAACUAUUACAUUUUGUUGCAUGAUGUAGAAAAACAAGAAAACAUUUAUUUAAAUUUUUUUUUAUACAAAAACUGAAUUUGACGGUGUGA